GGGGCAGGAUGGGGCCUGUAACUCCUGCUGUUUGUCAGCAGCACUCAGUACUGGACACAGCUCUCACAGAGGCAAACAACAUAGAGCAGGGGUUCAAGGAUCUUGAGGUGAAUUUUCUCAGGAGGGAGAUAAGUGAUGCAUUUCACUGCCUGUUGAUCAUUAAUGCCCUGCUGCCUGCUCAGCUGUGGUGGGUGCUGGCUGGGCACCCUGUGCUGCUGCAGGGCUGUGUUCCAUGCACUGGCAGCUGUGGAUGAUAAAACUGCAGAGCCAGCACUGCUACCAGGGACAGCAGAGUGCAGCUGGGGUGGAGGGGAUACCCAUGGGCACGGCAGGAUGAGUUGUGUGUUUGGCUCUGAUGGGGCAGGAGGGAUUAUCCCAGUGGAGUAAUGCUGGGAGGAGAAGUGCUGUCUAUUUGCAAAGGUCCUUUAGCCCCCCACUGGAGAUCAGAAGAACAUGGCUGGCACCAGGAGCAUCCCAGGUCUGGUUAUCUGGGACCGUGGGGACCUCCAGGAAUGGCUUUGAAAGUUUCCUAUUAUGCAAAGUGCUGGUUAAAUUAGCCUGGCUAAAUUAACCUGGUUAAAUUAACCUGGAGGGGGGUGGGUAGUCUGCCCUUAGCUCCAUGCACCCGCUCCAGGCUCCUGGGCAUCCUUGCCAUGCACCAGUGGUGGUUCACAGGGGGAUGGCAGAGAGACCAGAGCAAUUGUCAGCCCAGGACAUGGCAGCUCUGCAGGACUGUCACACACAGAGUGUGGGAUAAAGGAUAAGGGCUGUGGUUCAGUCAGAGCAGCUGAACUGUUGUACUGGAUAGCUGGAGGAGCCAGGGCUGCAGGAUCCCCUGGGCUGAGGGGAUGGUGUGGGGCAGGGAUGGUGCUGGGGCUGCAGCACCCGCACUCCACGUGCCCUGUUCUCCCCUUUUACGUAAGGUGUUCCAAACAUGUUUGUUACACCCCCCUGGUGAUGUACCUUUGGAAAGAGAGGUUUUAGGUCCAAAGAUCAGUGCUGGGACAGUGACCUGCCUGCUGCAAACAAAACCCUGCAGGGUAUAAAACCCCAGUGGCAGAGUGGAGCACGGGCAGCCAGAGGCACGCCAAGAGGAUGGAGGGCAGCAUGAACCUCCUGCACGACGCCGGCGUCCGGACGACACACUGGCUGCAGCAGCGCUUCCAGGGCUCCCAGGACUGGUUCCUCUUCAUCUCUUAUGCUGCUGAUCUCAGGAAUGCUUUUUAUGUCCUCUUCCCCAUCUGGUUCCACUUCAGUGAAGCAGUGGGCAUCAGGCUGAUCUGGGUGGCUGUGAUCGGAGACUGGCUCAACCUCGUCUUCAAGUGGAUCCUCUUUGGGGAGAGACCAUACUGGUGGGUCCUUGACACAGACUAUUAUGGCAACAGCUCUGCACCAGAGAUCCAGCAGUUCCCGCUCACCUGCGAGACUGGCCCUGGGAGCCCAUCUGGCCAUGCCAUGGGUGCAGCAGGCGUGUACUACGUCAUGGUGACAGCCCUCCUCUCUGCUGCUGGGGGAGAGAAGCGGUCAAGGACACUCAGAUACUGGCUGCUGUGGACAGUGCUUUGGAUUGGGUUCUGGGCAGUUCAGGUCUGUGUCUGCAUGUCCCGAGUCUUCAUUGCUGCUCACUUCCCCCACCAGGUGGUUGCAGGGGUUUUCUCAGGGAUGGCUGUGGCCAAGACCUUCCAGCAUAUCCGCUUCAUCUACCGUGCCAGCUUCCUUCGGUACCUGGGCAUCACCCUCUUCCUCUUCAGCUUCACCCUGGGUUUCUACCUGCUGCUGUGGACCUUCGGCGUGGACCUGCUCUGGACGCUGGAGAAGGCACAGAAGUGGUGCAGCCGCCCCGAGUGGGUCCACAUUGACACCACUCCCUUUGCCAGCCUCCUCCGGAACCUGGGCAUCCUCUUCGGGCUGGGGCUGGCCCUCAACUCCCACAUGUACCAGGAGAGCUCCCGGCUGAAGCAGGGCCAGCAGCUGCUGCCCUUCCGCCUGGGCUGCAUCGCUGCCUCCCUCCUCACCCUCCACGUCUUGGAUGCCUUCAGGCCACCCUCCCACACGCAGCUGCUCUUCUACGCCCUCUCCUUCUGCAAGAGCGCGGCCGUGCCGCUGGCUGCCGUCGGCCUCAUCCCCUACUGCCUCUCCCAGCUCCUGGGCUCACAGGACAAAAAGGCUGCCUAAGGCAGGCAGACACCCCAGCCCUGGGUGCACCUCAGCCACUGUUGGUUUCCCACUGAAUCUGCACUGGGAGCAGACCAUGGAGGCUGGGCUGGUGCUGCUGGGCGGCUCCUACAACACGGACCCACGGUGUCCGUCACGCUGCUCUGUGGCUGGCUGAUGGCACACAGAGCCCUGCGUGCCCUGCACUCCCCUGCUGUCCCUCCUGCACCCACACCUGGGGGUCACCUGCCCAGGACCCAGCAGCAGCAGAGGGAGGUCCUGCACUCCCUUGCAGCUCGUGAGGACAGGGCACCUCCACACUGAAGGGCUGGGGACAGCACCACUGGGAGCAGGGCUCUCACCUCAGCGAGCCUGGGGGCUGCUGAAGAGGCAGCUCUGUGACAGGAACAGGCACUGUGACAUGGAGAUAAAGUGCCAGUGUGAGGGACCCCCAGCCCUGGGACGUUUGGUGUUCACCUCUGUGUGAUGCAGUGUGGGGUGCACACACACCCAUGUGUACAGGCAUGACAUGGGGUGGGGUUGUGCACAGGAGUAUUUUAUUAAAGAUGAAGGUUGUUUA